CUCCAGCCCUCUCCCUGAAGCCAGAUAAUUCACUUCCUCUCCGCUAAGUACCUGGAAGUUUUUGAACUGCUACACCAGCACAGGAGCUCGGUGUAAGUGAGUCCGUCCCUAAUAUCUUUCUGCCAGUUCCGGCCACUGCCCUUCCUGUGGGGAUGUACAGAAUUCAGCAAGUCCAGCUCUCUGAGGUCUGCCUCCUGAGCAGACCUGUUUCUGGUCAUCUGAUAAUGCCUCUGCUGCAGACAAGACCUUCCUUCUUCCCUCCUCUCAGCACAGUUGCAGUCAAAGCUGAAUAUUGCUGCUCUGGGACCUCCUUCUAGCCUUAAAUUUCAGCCUGUUGUUUUCAGCUCUGUCAUGGAUCUGCUCCUCUUGAUCUUUGCCAUUUGUACCGGACCUGUCCUUUUAGGGUCUUCAUCCAGAGUGCGACUGGUGGGAGGCCCCCAUCACUGUGAAGGGCGUGUGGAAGUGGAACAAGAGGGCCAGUGGGGCACUGUGUGUGAUGAUGGGUGGGACAUAAAAGACGUGGCUGUGGUAUGCCAGGAACUAGGCUGUGGAGUAGCCAACGGGACACCCAGUGGUGUUUCAUACAAGCCAUUGGCAGAAAAAGAGCAAAAUAUCUUCAUGCAAGAGGUCAAAUGCAAUGGGAUGGAAGCUUCCCUGUUUCACUGUGAGCGGGCUGAAGAUGUUUUUGAUUGCUCGCACAAUGAGGAUGCAGGAGCCUUAUGUGAGAAGAAUGUGCGGCUGGCUGGUGGCCCUGGGCGCUGCAAGGGGAGAGUGGAAGUGAAGCACCAAGGGCAGUGGGGCACUGUGUGCAAUGCAGGCUGGAACCUGUCAGCCGCAAAGGUGGUGUGCCAGCAGCUGGGUUGUGGGAGGGCCAUUCAGACCCGAAGAUGCUGCAACAAGGCUACCCAGGGCCAAGGAACCAUCUGGCUGACGCAAGUGUCAUGCUCAGGAAAAGAAGUGAGCCUUUGGGAUUGCCCUUCUGGGCACUGGGGGAAGAACAACUGCACCCAUGAAGAGGACACAUGGGUUGAAUGUGAAGAUCCCUUUGACUUGAGACUUGUAGGAGGAGACAUCCGGUGCUCGGGGCGACUGGAGGUGCUGCACAAGGGCGUAUGGGGCUCUGUCUGUGAUGAUGGAUGGGGAAAAAAGGAGGACCAGGUGGUAUGUAAGCAACUGGGCUGUGGAGAGUCCCUCUCUCCUUCUGUUAAAGCCCGGAGAAGCUUUGGCCCUGGGGUUGGCCGCAUCUGGUUGGAUGAUGUUCAUUGCUCAGGAAAGGAGCAGUCCCUGGAGCAGUGCCAGCACAGGUUCUGGGGUUACCACAACUGUAACCACAAGGAAGAUGUGGCUGUGAUAUGCUCAGAACAGUAGCUGGGCCUUCCUGAUGUUUGAUCUGACUCCCACAUGCCCCGAGUGUCUGUUACUUUUUCAUGGGCCCUGAUUGGCACAUCAUGAACACUUAUAGGCUUUGGCUACUACUCC